AUGCUGUCUCUUUUCUCACCCCUUUCCCACGUACACUUUUCCUACGAUGUUCUCCUCCAACCCGUUUUCCUUCAUGGUUUAUCCGGCUUCCUCCACCUUUUGCUGCUCAUCGCGGUUUCACUGUCAUGGGUUAGGAUCAAAUUCAGAAUGCGUGUCAGGGUUGAGUCUGAGGAGAAACACGACAACUCCCUCUUCAAAACGACCGUAUGUUGUUCUCUGGGUGUUUCUGCUUUCAGUUUUCUCCUCUGUUUGUUCAAUUACUCUUGUUGGUACUCUAGUGGCUGGUCAGAAGAAAAGCUCGUGACCCUUAUGGAUUUGGCGCUAAAAACAGUUGCAUGGGGCGUUGUUUGUGUUUGCUUGCAAAAGGAAUUCUUCAGUUCUGGCGAAAAAAGGUUCUCAUUCCUCUUCAAAGCUUGGUGCAUCUUCUACCUCCUUGUUUCUUGUUAUUGCUUCGUGGUGGACAUUAUUGUAUCAGAGAGAGGCGUUGCUUUGCCAACUCAGUACUUGGUUUCUGAUGUGGUUUCCACUUGUUUUGAGACCAAGGGUGGGGAUACUGUUACCCCUUUCUCAUAUGCUGGCAUUUUGAGCCAUCUUUCCUUCUCUUGGGUGGGUCCUCUUAUAGCUGUUGGCAAUAAGAAGACCUUGGACCUGGAGGAUGUUCCUCGACUAGGCAGCAGAGACAGUGUACUUGAAACUUUUCCUGGGUUCAGAGAUAAACUUGAGACUGAUUGUGGGGCAAUUAAAAAUGUCACCACACUAAAGUUGGUGAAGUCGUUAGUAGUGUCAGCAUGGAAGGAGAUUCUUUUCACAGCUUUUCUUGCGUUGUUAUACACUUUGGCUUCUUAUGUUGGUCCUUAUCUUCUUGAUGAUUUUGUUCAGUACCUUCAUGGACAACGACUUUAUGAAAACCAGGGCUUUGUUUUGAUUUCAGCGUUUUUCUGUGCAAAGAUGGUAGAGUGUCUGUCUCAAUUGCAUCGGUGCUUUAGGUUGCAGCAAGUUGGACUUGGAAUUCGAGCACUGCUUGUCACUAUGAUUUAUAGCAAGGCUCUGACUCUUUCUUGUCAGUCAAAGCAGGGCCACACUUCUGGAGAAAUAGUCAAUUUCAUGGCUGUUGAUGCAGAAAGAGUGGGUGUCUUUAGUUGGCAUAUACAUGAUUUGUGGAUGGUGGCUUUGCAAGCUACAUUGGCAUUAUUGAUUUUGUACAAAAACAUUGGGCUGGCUUCAAUUGCUGCUUUUGUUGCAACUAUUGUUGUUAUGAUGACAAAUGUUCCCUUGGGAUCAUUGCAACAGAAGUUUCAAAAGAAGUUGAUGGUGUCGAAAGAUAAAAGAAUGAAAGCCACAUCCGAGAUUUUAAGGCAUAUGAAGAUUUUAAAACUACAAGGAUGGGAAAUGAAGUUUUUAUCAAAAAUAACUGAGCUCAGGAAAACUGAGCAAGGUUGGUUAAAAAAAUGUGCUUAUACUUCAUCCAUGACAACGUUUCUAUUUCGGGGUGCCCCCACAUUUGUUGCCGUGGUUACUUUUGGUACUUGUAUGCUUAUAGGGGUCCCCCUUGAAUCGGGGAAGAUCUUGUCUGCACUCGCAACAUUCGGGAUUCUUCAAGAGCCCAUUUAUAGCCUUCCGGGUACAAUUUCGACGAUAGCACGAACUAAAGUGUCUCUUGAUAGGAUUACAUCAUUCCUUCGUCUGGAUGAGUUACCCGCUGAUGCUGUAGAGAAGCUUCCCCGGGGUAGUUCUGAUACAACAAUUGAAGUAGUUGAUGGAAACUUUUCUUGGGAAUUAUCUUCCCCUAACCCAACAUUGAAAAAUAUAAACCUUAAAGUUUUUACAGGGAUGAGGGUUGCUGUUUGUGGUACUGUUGGAUCGGGCAAGUCUACUUUACUUUCUUGUUUCUUGGGAGAAGUACCAAAGAUAUCGGGUAUCGUUAGGGUUUGUGGAACAAAGGCCUAUGUCACUCAAUCUCCAUGGAUACAAAGUGGUAAGAUAGAGGAUAAUAUAUUGUUUGGGAAACAAAUGGAUAGGGAAAAGUAUGAGAAGGUACUUCAAGCGUGUUCCCUGAAUAAGGAUCUGGAGAUUUUGUCAUUUGGUGAUCAGACAAUUGUAGGAGAGCGUGGAAUAAAUUUGAGUGGUGGACAAAAACAAAGAAUACAGAUUGCACGUGCGCUCUACCAAGAUGCUGAUAUAUAUCUAUUUGAUGAUCCCGUUAGUGCUGUGGAUGCUCACACAGGCUCUCACCUCUUCAAGGAAUGCUUGUUGGGCCUUUUAAGUACAAAGACAGUAGUUUAUGUCACUCAUCAAGUAGAGUUCUUACCUGCUGCUGAUCUUAUAUUGGUUAUGAAAGAUGGGAAAAUUACUCAAUGUGGAAAUUAUUCUGAUCUACUUGACAGUGGAGCUGAUUUUGUGGAACUUGUUGGUGCACACAAAAAAGCUUUGUCUACACUAGAUUCAUUAGAUGGAGCAGCAGUAUCUAAUGAAAUAAGCACCUUGGAAGAAGAUGCAAAUGUCUCUAGCACGCAAGGUUUUAAAGAAGAGGAGGCAAGCAAAGAUGAACAAAAUGGUAUAACAGACAACAAAAGUGAACCUAAAGGCCAACUUGUUCAGGAAGAAGAAAGGGAGAAAGGUAAAGUUGGGUUUUCAGUGUAUUGGAAAUGUAUCACAGCAGCAUAUGGAGGAGCUCUUGUCCCAUUCAUAUUGUUGGCUCAUAUUCUUUUUCAAGCUCUUCAAAUCGGAGGUAAUUACUGGAUGGCUUGGGCGACUCCUAUCUCAACUGAUGUGGAAGCACCUGUUGAUGGAACAACUCUUAUUGUAGUCUAUGUUAGUUUGGCCAUUGGAAGUUCUUUAUGCAUCCUUGCCAGAGCAAUGCUUCUUGUCACAACUGGUUAUAAAACAGCUACUAUACUCUUCAAUAAAAUGCACUAUUGCAUUUUUCGUGCUCCAAUGGCUUUUUUCGAUUCCACUCCAAGCGGGCGAAUUCUUAACAGAGUUUCAACGGAUCAAAGUGCACUGGAUACAAACAUUCCUUAUCAAAUUGCAUCAUCUGCCUUCAUUAUGAUCCAACUUCUGGGAAUUAUUGCAGUGAUGUCUCAGGCUGCAUGGCAAAUUUUCGUUGUCUUUAUACCUGUGAUCAUAGUCAGCAUUUGCUAUCAGCAAUAUUAUAUUCCAUCAGCUCGAGAACUAUCACGUUUAGUUGGUAUCUGCAAAGCCCCAAUCAUUCAACACUUUUCUGAAACAAUUUCGGGAGCUUCAACCAUUAGAAGCUUUGAACAGCAAUCAAGAUUUCAGGAAACAAAUAUGAAACUGACUGAUGGGUAUUCACGGCCAAAGUUCAACGUUGCUGCUGCCAUGGAAUGGUUGUGCUUCCGCUUAGAUAUGUUGUCUUCUAUCAUAUUUGCCUUUUUAUUAUUAUUCUUGAUAUCUAUUCCACCGGGAUUCAUAGAUCCAGGUGUGUUAUUCCAAUCUGGCCUUGCUGGCUUGGCGGUUACAUACGGGCUAAAUUUGAACACGAUACAAGCUUGGAUGAUAUGGAAUCUCUGCAAAAUGGAGAACAAAAUUAUAUCAGUAGAAAGAAUACUUCAGUAUACUAGUAUUCCUAGUGACCCUCCCCUUGUUAUAGAUGAAAACCAGCCAGAUUCUUCUUGGCCCUCUAAUGGCGAGGUUGAUAUACAAGAUUUGCAGGUUCGUUAUGCUCCACAUCUUCCUGUCGUGUUGCGUGGUCUUACAUGCAAAUUUAGCGGAGGACUGAAAACUAGCAUUGUUGGGAGGACAGGAAGUGGUAAAUCCACUCUCAUACAAACACUUUUUCGAAUUGUUGAGCCUGCUGUCGGGAAAGUUAUGAUUGACAACAUCAACAUCUCUUUAAUUGGACUUCAUGAUUUGAGGUCAAGACUGAGCAUUAUUCCUCAGGAUCCAACAAUGUUUGAAGGGACAGUGAGAGAUAAUCUGGAUCCCCUGGAAGAACACUCUGAUGAACAAAUUUGGGAGGUUAGUGAGAAUGGUGAGAAUUGGAGUAUGGGUCAGAGACAGUUGGUCUGCCUUGGCAGGGUGUUGCUUAAGAAAAGCAAGGUUGUGGUUCUUGAUGAAGCCACUGCAUCAGUGGAUACAGCUACGGAUAAUUUGAUUCAGCAAACUCUUAGGCAACAUUUCUCUGGCUCCACAAUUAUUACCAUUGCACACCGAAUAACUUCUGUGCUUGACAGUGAUAUGGUUCUUCUUCUUAGUCAAGGACUUGUUGAAGAGUACGACACCCCAACAAAGUUGCUAGAGAAUAAGUCAUCAUCAUUUGCUGAACUUGUUACUGAGUAUACAAGGAGGUCCAACUCCAGCUUUUAG